AUGCAGGCCAGGUGUACGGUUUAAGUAGUUUAUAGGUUAAGUAUUGCCAGAAGAGACUAAGUAAACCAAUUAAAAAGCAUUAUUCCAAAUCCGGCAUGAUUCCAAAUUGGACGAGAAAUAGCUUUACGAUAUUCCUCCCUACAUGAAAGAUACAAAAAAAUUUUUUAGAAAACUACAGCACCUGCCAAUUUGUGAUAUAAAACGCAUUUGCAUUUCAUUCGACAAUAAACAUACUUCCCUAGCCUGACAAUGCUGGCCGCGGUGCAUUCAAUUUUGAUGCCAACUUCACUAAUGUUAUCCUAGUUGACGUUUGUCCACACGUGUUGACAUUCUCGGCGCCUGGGUAGUUUCUUAGAGUUUUCUGGAAUAUAACAAGCAAUAAAUACGAGUCAAAAUGAGUGACGACGAAGAAACCGCGAUUACAUCCACUGAACCCGUUGACAAUGCCUGGCAAAUGAAAAUACCCGAGUUCAAGCCGGAGGACAAUCCAAACGGUCUCUUAGAAGAAAGUUCGUUCGCCACCCUUUUUCCAAAAUAUCGCGAAAAGUACCUUCAGGAAUGCUGGCCUUUAGUGCAGAAAACGUUAGCAGAACAUCACUUGAAAGCCGAGCUAGAUCUCAUCGAGGGAAGCAUGAUGGUGAAAACUACACGGAAAACAUGGGACCCGUACAUAAUCAUCAAAGCCCGAGACAUGAUCAAGCUGCUAGCCCGGAGCGUUCCCUACGAGCAGGCGAUUCGGGUGCUCCAGGACGACAUUGGUUGCGACAUCAUCAAAAUUGGAACCCUCGUGCGGAAGCGCGAGAAGUUUGUGAAGCGGCGGCAGAGAAUCAUUGGUCCCAACGGAGCCACCCUGAAGUCCAUCGAGCUUCUCACCGGGUGUUACGUGCUUGUUCAAGGAACCACUGUUGCCGCUCUUGGACCGUACAAAGGACUCCAGCAAGUUCGCGACAUAGUCAUCGACACAAUGAACAACGUCCACCCCAUCUACAACAUAAAAGCUCUCAUGAUAAAGCGCGAACUCAUGAAAGACCCGAAACUUGCCAACGAGGAUUGGUCCCGGUUCCUUCCCAAAUUUAAGAAUAAGAAUGUUAACAAACGGAAGCAGCCGAAGAAUAAGAAACCCAAGAAGGAAUACACACCAUUCCCACCGGCGCAGCCUGAGAGCAAGAUCGACAAGCAACUCGCGUCCGGUGAAUACUUCCUCAAACCGAACGAGCGACUGGCGAAGAAGAACAAGGAGCGGGAGGAGAAGCAAGCGAAGGCCGCCAAGAAGCAAGAGGAGAGAAGGAACAAAGACUUCGUACCGCCCGAGGAGAGUGGUAAGCGGAAGCGGGCAAAUGAGGAGGAAGGUAGCGGCAAGUUGGAUGUUCAGGCGUUCAAGGACAAGAUCAAGAAGGCGACGAAAAAGCUUAAGAAGAAAUGAAAUUGUUUUAGUUGUUAACGUUUAAAUAUAGUCAUAUUUUUUAAGUUUAA